UUGAUUGAUUAUGUAUAUUUAGGUGAUAUUUUUAUCGCAAUCAAUGACGACGAUCAGAUAGCCUGCAAGGCAGCUCUUGUUAGCAAUCCAGACUCGGUUAAUUUCCGCCAUCCUCGUGGUUGGACUCCUUUGAUGGCUGCGGUCGUACAGCGUAGGAGAAGAAUUAUUAAAACUUUGCUCGAAUGUGGUGCUGAUGUAAACGCAGUUGAUGAAUACGAUGGUAGAACAAACAGCAGCGAAGACCACUCGUUGCAUAGAUCAAUUCGAUACGAGGAAUUUAGCGCCUGUCUAAAACCGGAUACCAAUUACCGCGGGUGUACAGCUUUACACUACGCAGUUCUGGUUAAUGACGAAGCUUUAGUGAAGCUUCUCCUGGAUUCAGGUGCUGAUCCAAGUAUGGAAAAUAUACAUGGUCAUUUGCCAAUCGAUUUGUGCAAGUCUGAUUCCAUUGCUAGGCUUCUUGGGUCUAAUGUUCUGGAUCGGAGACAGCGUCAAGGACAAUCACAGACCAUACUUCGAAUUCCCCUUGAACAACGAUUGCGUGAUAAUAUAGUGGGCCAAGAAUCAGCCAUUGAAAUCGUGACGGCUACAAUUCGACGAAAGGAGAAGAAUUGGCAUGACGACGAGCAUCCACUUGUUAUGCUUUUCAUGGGCUCUUCGGGUGUGGGAAAAACUGAAGUUGCCAAACAAGUGGCUGCUCACUUGCACUCGAACAAUCCGCGGGCUUUUAUCAGAUUGGACAUGUCGGAGUACCAAGAGAAACAUGAAGUAUCCAAACUAUUUGGAGCACCUCCCGGAUAUGUGGGCUUUGAUAAUGGGGGUCAGCUGACAAAUACUCUCAUGCACUAUCCCAAUGCUGUGGUGCUUUUUGAUGAAAUUGAAAAAGCUCAUCCUGAUGUCAUGACUGCUCUGUUACAGCUAUUUGACGAGGGCCGAAUGACAAGUGGAAGAGGGGAGACAGUGAAUUGUAAAGAUGCUAUCUUUAUAAUGACUUCUAAUGUCGGUAGUCAAGUCAUAGCUGAAAACGCUGAACUUAUACGAUCUAAGACCGGUGAUGCCACUUCAAGUAUCCAAUUUUCUCGGGAGUUUCUUGACAAUGUUAUGCGACCCUUGCUCAGAAAAUACUUUAUACGGGAUGAAUUCCUUGGUCGUAUCAAUGAAGUAGUCUAUUUUCUCCCAUUUUCCCCUUCUGAGUUGAAGGAAUUGGUUUUGCGUUAUCUUAAUCGUUGGAAAGAAAUGGCCAUCACUAAGCACUCCAUCAGUUUGACUUGGGAUCAAGAUGUGAUCGAUCAUAUUAUUGCUGGCUACGAUUUGUACUAUGGUGCUAGAUCUAUUGCCUAUGAGAUUGAUCGUCAAAUCUUGAGUCAUCUGGCAAUUGCUGAUGAGAAAGGUCAACUGAAGCCAAACUGUGGUGUCCACUUGAAGGCAAGUGAUUGUUUUGAUAAGGUUCAAAGCUGCUUCCCUCUAUUCAUCUUGAGCAGCGCUAACCAGACUCCUGGUAAAUAA